UCUGUUCCUCUUAACUGUCUCAUUAGCCUUUACAACAACCAUCUAGUUGUCCUUGGCGCACUUUUCAUCUAGUUAACUCGUUUAGCUUUUGACAAAAACCAUCAGGCCACACAAAGCUGUAGUAAUUAUUGUACACACUAGUCCCAAUCAUAUCAGAAGCUACAAGAAGUGUCGUCCACAGCACACACAAUAACAUUCUCUUUCAGCUUCUCUCACAGAUCGAGCAACAGCGGCGUUAUGAAGUCGCCCACUGCCAAGCAGGCACUUGCUGCAGCCCUCUCAGCUCUGCUGAUCCUUCUCUUCUUUGUCCUGCUCUGUGGCCCUUCUUCUUCUUCUUCAUCGCCGUCGUCCCAGCCGUUGCAGCUGCAACCGUCUGUUGUGAGAGUGAGGAGCAGAAGGCUUCUGUCGACGCAAUGCCGUGACUCCUGCUCGACGCCUGUGGGCGGGUUCAGCCAAGCCUUCAAGGCACCGGCCACGGUGUUGUUCGAGAGCUUGAAGACGACGCCCAAGAGCAGUGGAUCACUUCUGCUGGUCAGGAUGUACACAUUGCGGGGGCAAAGCUAGCUAGCUAGCUUGACUGCAGCUCGGCAUGUAUAUAUGUACUUUUUUUUCUUUAGCAAAAUCGAUAUCUAGCUAGAUCUAUCUGUGUAGUAUAUGCAUAUCCACGUUAGAUGAGAGGAUACUAACGGUAAUAAUAGCGUACACUUUAGUGUUAGUUUGGGAACCAUAUUUUUCCAAGUGAUUUUCCAUUUUUUUAAGAGAAAAUUAGUUCAUUUUCCAUUUUAUCAAAGGGAUACAAGAACUCUAUUGUAAGACUUGAAAAAAGAAAUAUGAGAAUGACACUCCAUUUAUGA